AUGUGCUUUAUAAGCGAAAACAGUUUCAACGCGUCUCAUUGGUCCAUUUGUAGUCUCCUGUCUGACCUUACCACAGAUCAGCUUGUGCUCUUUCCACACGCCCAUCAUGGCUACACUCAUGAAAUGGGCCAUGAACGUGCUUCGGAGGGCCCCCCCCCCUCCCAUGCAUUUCCCACUAGCGGCUUCGAAACCAUCCGUUCCUCGGAGGUGCUUGACGAGGAACGGUUUGAGCAGUUCAAACAAGGACAAUAUUAUCCUGCUGAUAUUGGCGAUAUAUUUAGCUCAAAAUACCAGGUCGUUGGUAAACUUGGGUUUGGGACUACGUCUACAGUAUGGCUCGCUCGUGAUCUUGAAGCUCGUCAAUAUGUGACACUCAAAAUCUACACGCGUGACGAAGAUAACCAGGAAGAGUUUCAGAUCUAUAAGCAAUUGAAUCAAGGGAGUUCAUGGCACCCUGGCCACGCUCAUAUAAGGAAAGAUCUGGAUAUCUUCACGAUUCCCCGUUCCGGCGGUGACCAUUCGUGUCUGGUUCAGAAACCGAUGUGGGAAAGCUUCAGAGAUCUACUAUAUCGUAAUCCGAGCCAUAGGUUUACCGAAGAUCUACUCAAAGCUGGUCUUAUGCAGGUCUUUCUUGCACUUGAUUAUAUGCAUACUGAAUGCAAAAUUGUCCAUACGGACAUCAAAAGCGAUAAUAUUCUCCAAGAAAUAGAGGACAAUUCCAUCCUUGACAGUUUCACCCAGGCCGAACUAAAGAACCCUUCACCCCGAAAAAUCGUCAAUGGUAUGCCGGUAUAUGCUUCCCGACGAUUCGACUUGCCGAAUACAUUUGGCCGAGCAGUGUUGAGCGAUUUUGGCUCUGCGGUACGGGGAGACGAGAGGAGGAAUCACGAUGCACAGCCGAGUAUUUACAGAUCGCCGGAAGUGAUGCUGAAGGCUGAUUGGAGUUACCCGGUCGACAUAUGGAAUGUCGGUGCUAUGGUAUGGGAUUUAUUCGAGGGAAGACACCUCUUCUACGGAAAUGACCCAGAUGGCAAAGGGUAUUCGACCCGGGCGCACCUUGCAGAAGUCAUGGGCGUUCUGGGACCACCUCCUUUAGAUAUGCUGCAACGUGGAAAACGAAGUCAUGAAUUCUUUACUGAAGAUGGUAAGCAUCCCUUUCCUGCUCGACACUUUGCAAAGGCUUACGAAGACCACGUUGCAGGGAAGUGGAAGCAAGAUAUAGAGAUUCCAAUAGGAACCAGUUUGGAGAUAUCGGAGCAGUUCCUCGAGGGAAGAAAUAAGGAGAUGUUUCUAGCGUUUAUGAGAGGCAUGCUUCAGUGGAGACCUGAAGAUAGGAAGACGGCGAACGAUCUGCUCCAGGAUCCGUGGCUGAAUGAUCAGAUAGGAUGA